GUCGAAACUCCACCCACCCUCACAUCCGCCAUGACUUGAGAGAUCUGAAGAUCUUGAGCGUUGGGGGCGCAGUCAGUGAAACUCUUCUCCCUGCGAGGGCUCCAAAAGACAUCUGCCACAGAGGCAGACAGUGUGAAAGCCUCACCAUGAACUGGGCAUUCCUCCAAGGGCUCCUCAGUGGAGUAAACAAGUACUCAACAGCGUUUGGCCGUGUGUGGCUGUCCAUCGUCUUCCUCUUUAGGGUCAUGGUCUUUGUUGUAGCAGCUGAAAAGGUGUGGGGCGAUGAGCAGAAAGACUUCAAAUGCAACACGGCGCAGCCUGGCUGCCAUAACGUCUGCUAUGAUCACUUCUUCCCUGUGUCCCAUAUCCGUCUGUGGGCUCUGCAGCUUAUCUUUGUCACCUGCCCCUCUUUACUGGUAGUUAUGCAUGUAGCCUACAGGGACGAACGUGAACGCAAAAAUCGUGUCAAACAUGGUGAUAACUGCCGUACACUAUACAAGAACACCGGCAAGAAACGUGGCGGGCUUUGGUGGACCUAUGUCAUGACACUGGUCUUCAAAGUUGCUGUGGAUGCCACCUUUACGUACCUCCUGUACCGCAUCUAUGAGGGCUAUGACUUUCCAAUACUUCUCAAGUGUGAGCAGAAGCCUUGCCCCAACAAGGUGGACUGCUUUAUUGCACGGCCCACAGAGAAGCGCAUCUUCACGAUCUUCAUGGUGGUCACCAGUCUGGUCUGUAUCUUGCUAACCUUCUUCGAGAUCUUGUACCUGGUGGGCAAACGAUGCCGUGAGUGGCUCACGUCCAUCCACAACUCCCGCCAGAUGGCCAUAGCCGCCACCUCGCUGGUCGGUGUCAAGAACGGAAAUCUGGAACACAACUGUGGGCGAUGGAAGGGCAAGGAGAGCCCGGCCCCUGCUUACAGCAGCAUAGCCAGGCCCUGAGACUUUGUUGACACAGAGACUCCCCUGACUUCACAGAAGAUGUGGAAAAAAAAUACAAAUGACCAAUCGAAAACCUGGAGGACAUACGCGAUAUUGCAUGUAUCUCUUCUGCAACAUCUCUUAUAGGCUUCAUAGACAUUAAAGCCUGUCUUGUCAAUGCCUGUGGAAUACCAGUGGAACUAAGUCUCCUAGUCCUGGAUUAAUUGUUUACUCAUUAAUGUUGUACAACUGACUCAGAUACAUUGACUAAAAAUGUAUUUACUGUUAUGUGGUCUAUUUUUCUGCAUUCAUAUGUGUUUGGACAUGUUUGCCAAUAAUAGUUGUAUCUUCAUUAUGUAUUUCUGUAUUCAUAUACGUAGAAGCACAUGGUUGACAAUCAUGGCAUUCAUUUAGGGAGUUACAUACAUUUGAUUGUAGGAGUUACAGUUGUUAACAGAGAGGAGUUUACAGAAUUGUUUAAUUACAAUCAAAUCAAAUAUCCAAAUAAGAUUUGUCACUAGUCAGAAGCCAUUUAUUCAUUAUUUGAAGUGACAAGUUAUACAAGUGGUAGAAGCUGGGCAAAGAAAGAGUUUUCACUAUUUGUCCACUACCAUACCCUCCAAUUGCUGCAUUUUCAGUCAACUUGUUACAUGGUUUAUUGUUACAAUGGCAAGUUCUGAACUCAUCCUGCAUUUUAAGAAGUCUGUUUUAUUUUAUGGAUUAAUAAAUUAUAUUAGUCAAAAGG